AUGGACUGUUCCAUCGGAGUUCCUGGUCAAAGCCCUAGCUCGACCAUGCUCUCUGCAAAAGCUGAGCUCCCUGAUCCAAGAGCAAAGUGUGGAAAUUUUUUUAAAGGCCCAGAUUAUAUAAAGGAUCACCUACCUGAAGUUCAUCAGCACACUUCCUGCAUAGGAGAAAAGCGCCCGGCAUUACAGAAAACUGGAGAUCUCAGAUAUUUAUGGAGGCCUGCCUCAAACAGAAGCUUACCAGCAAAAUACAAACAUGAGUAUGUUGGUGGAAUUGGUUGGGGAAUACCAGAUGACUUUAUCAACAAAACAAGGCUUGGAACUGGCUUUUACAUCAAGUAUGAAGAAGCAAGUCAAGCUGCUAUCGAUAAAAUAAGCCACAGCUACCAAAACCCAUGGCAACCAAAACCUUAUAUUAUGGAUAUGCAAGGAAAAAACAGUCGUGGUUCUAUUGCCUGGCAUAUGGGUGACUUUGAGAACACCAAUCAAAGGAAUUCUAAAUGGGCUACCCUCCUUCAGCAGAGUAAGACAGCAUCGUCGAGAGUUUCUAGACCACCUAAGUGACCACAUCUACCAACAAAGGAGGAGGUAUGA